GGAGUGACAGGGCAGCCGCGUGUUGGGGGAGGAAGAGGGAGGAGGAGGAGGAUCACCUCUCACUAAGUUGACUUUGCCGUUUUAGGGAGAUUAGAUUCGGCUUUUCGCAAACCGAGCAAAGACGGGAGAGGGGACGCAUUGACUUCUUGCUGAAUUCAGCCACCUCCAUCCAAAGGGUCAUGGCCGGUUCCGUGUAGCGGAGCGGCUCUGUUAUUUCGGACGGAUUGCCGGGGUUGGUUGGUGCGCUUCGCAGCCGAGCGCGGCUCUCACUGCGGCUCCAGAGGGAAACCAUAUCUGGUCAAAGUAUUCGUUGCUGUCACCCAGUGGAGCCGACCGGCUAUUAAUAGCGCCGGAGGAGCUUCCUACCGUCCCUCAGUUUGAACACUUGGCUGCCUUCUUCUCAUCUCACCCCUGAAGUGGGGCUCAUCGAGGUGUGCGGCUCAUCAUGUCGGUGUUAAAGAAGGAGAUGGACAAGUACAGGGACAUAGACGAGGACGAGCUGCUGAAGAAGCUCUCAGAGGAGGAGCUGCAGCGGUUAGAGGAUGAAUUAGAGGAGCUCGAUCCUGAUAACGCGUUGUUGCCUGCUGGUCUUCGGCAGAAGGACCAGACCAAGAAAGCCCCGACAGGAACGUUUCAGAGGGACAACCUGCUGGCCCAUCUGGAAAAACAGGCCAACGAGCAUCCCGACAGAGAAGACCUGGUGCCGUUCACCGGCGAGAAAAGAGGGAAGGCUUUUGUGCCUAAAAAGAGGGUGGACCCCAUCAUAGAGAACGUGACUCUGGAGCCAGAGCUGGAGGAAGCCCUGGCCAGCGCCUCUGAUGCAGAACUCUGUGAUAUUGCAGCUAUCCUGGGCAUGCACACCCUAAUGAGCAACCAGCAGUACUAUGAAGCACUGGCCAGCAGCACCAUAGUCAACAAGCAAGGCCUCAACAGUGUGAUCCAGUGCACCCAGUAUAAACCCGUCCCUGAUGAGGAGCCCAACUCCACUGAUGUCGAGGAAACGCUGCUGAGGAUAAAGAAGAAUGAUCCUGACCUAGUGGAGGUCAACCUUAACAACAUAAAGAAUAUCCCCGUCCCAACACUGAAGGCGUACGCUGAGGCACUGAUGAAGAACACUGUGGUUGAGAGGUUCAGUAUCGUCGGAACAAGGAGCAAUGACCCCGUAGCAUUUGCACUGGCAGGGAUGUUGAGGGUGAACACAACUCUAAAGAGUUUGAAUGUGGAGUCAAACUUCAUAACCGGGACUGGAAUCCUGGCCCUCAUCGAGUCACUUCAGAACAACACCACACUACUGGAGCUUAAAAUUGACAAUCAGAGCCAGCCGCUGGGAAACAAAGUGGAGAUGGAGAUAGCCAGCAUUCUUGAGAAAAACACCACCUUGUUAAAGUUUGGGUAUCAUUUUACUCAACAGGGCCCGCGCCUGCGAGGCUCCAAUGCUAUGAUGAACAACAACGAUUUGGCCCGGGUCGUCAGAUCAGAAUCAGACGGCUCCUUCACCUUCACUCUGUCAGUUCCCGAGCUGGAGAGAGCCUUUGGAAAAAAGUUCAAGUCCAAGACUAAUAAGAAAGAAAAGGCUUGAGGGAGGACCCAUCUUCCCCAAGUGUCGGACAAAUGUGUAGAAACGAAGGCUACCUUCAUCCUCCUCCAAUCAUCCAUGAUCUCCAUUAUCAGCCUCUCUGUUGUUUGGUAAAUCUUGUGAAAGCAAUACUGUUAUUUUUUUUUUUUUUUUUUUGCAUCUGGGAUGUGUAUUUUUACAAACUGAUUCAGACUUCAGAUACUGCAGCUCUUUGUACACUGCAACCAGGGGGGUGCACACUUAGUGUCAGCAAUAAGAGUCCGUUUGAAUGCAGACCUGUUUUAAAAUUAAUGGUCAUCUUUUGGCUCUUCUUGUAUGCGACAUUAACUUAAUUUUAUUUUUCUUCCCGUUUCAUGAAUGCCUUGUGUUGCCAUUGCUGUUCUUCCCAGCGGUUUUCUUGCCAACAUAGAUUAUAUUCUAUGAAGACAAUGCUGGAGUUCAGACACGAAAGAUAAAACUACACAGCAUAGUUAUAAAAAUCUGAGGUGAUACCCAAUGUGUCAUAUUCUUUUGUGAUUAAAAGCCUACUAUUGGGAUAUGUGUCACUAUAUAUGUAUGUAAUAUAUUUAUUUCAGAAAGACCUUUUAAAAGUUAUAAAGCUUUAAAAACAUCAACUGUAUCUCAUGAGUAAAACAAAAUUGGAAAACUAAGUACUUUCUUAAAUUGUGCUUCAAAGUGAUGCAAAGUUUUGACUCCUUUUUUUUCUGCCUUCAAUUAUAUAAUGUUUUACUAAACAAACAUUGAACGUUCUAUAAAAAAGGAGAACUUUCUAUUUGCUAGCCGUGUAAAAUGGGUUAGAAUAGCAACCCCAAAAAAGCUUGUAUCUGAAUGAGGUUGAAGAGUGAUUGUGGAGGGUGUUUUUAGCAUUUCCUGUAGCUAAAAUAUUUACUGUUAUUAUACAGCUUUAACUGGUUUAUUACAAUAAUCAGAAGGUCCCAACGAGAAAAUGUUUUACUACUGAGGUUAUGUGGAGUCCCCUGUAUUUGAAUUUUAAAAAGUUCAAACUUCCAGAUCAAUUCUAAAUCAAUGGGAAAUAUCCUCAUCAUUGACACAUCAUUUUGAAACAAAAUGAAGAAUGGAGGGUUAUCUAACCAUAUUUAUUUAUAAAUGAGCAGCUUUGUUCAUAAUACCAGUUUUCUAGGUGCAAACAGAAGAACCUAGAGCAGAUAAUAGUGGAAAAUAAUCCAUGUAAAAUUACACUUAAGUCUCUCCUUUCCUACAAACUUGUCAUUGCCUUGGGUGUCUUUCAACAAAUGUUAAUUGUGGAUGGAAACAUUUGUAACCGAGUCCACUUUGAACACUUUUGCCCAUUUCCUCUUGUCUUAUGUGUCUUUUUUUGUCCAUUAGUGCUUGACUGAUUUUUUUAUUGUAGAAUGCACAGUUUUUAGUUGAAAGUGUUCAUGAGUUUAAUAAAGUUUGAAAAUA